GCGGAGCGCGUGGGGCUCGCCUCAGUCGGCAGCGAGAGCGGGUGGAGCGCGGGCGUGCGGAGCGGAGCGGCGGGCCCGGAGCGAGGCGGCACCGGCGCGAGGCGGCCCCGGCCCACACCCCCCGUUUUCCCCCAUGGAGUUCAAGCUGGAGGCGCACCGCAUCGUCAGCAUCUCGCUAGGCAAGAUCUACAGCGCGCGGGGCCAGCGCGGCGGCCUGAAGCUGCACAAGAACCUCCUGGUGUCGCUGGUGCUGCGCAGCGCCCGCCAGGUUUACCUCAGCGAGCCGGGCUGCCCGCCCGAGCCGCCCCCCGCCGUCUGCGGGCCCCCCGAGGAGCCGCCGCCGUCGCCGCCGCCCCCGCAGGACGAGGCCGGCCCGAGGCUGCCCGGCGCGGCCUGCCAGGGCCCCCGGCCGCGGCGCUGUUGCUGCGGCUGCUGCUGCUGCUGCGCCUCGGCGGGCGGCGAGGUCAACCGCGAGGCCGCCCGGCCGGACUGUGCUGCCGCCAGCACCGCCGCGGCCCCGCCGCCUCCGCACUGCCCGCGGAAGAGGAGCGCCGCGGAGAGGGGCCAGGCGGGCUCGCCGGUGAAGAAGCCCCGGAGGGAGGUGGAGGAGCCGCCCCCGCCGCCCCCACCGCCGCAGGGCGAGCAGGAGGACAUGGAGACGGGCAACGUGGCCAGCCUCAUCAGCAUCUUCGGCUCCAGCUUCUCGGGACUGCUCAGCAAGGAGCCCAAGGGCCGCCGGCGGCCGCCCCUUGACGGCGGCGAGGCGGCAGCGGCCACCCCCGCCGAGGCGGCGAGCGAGCCGGGGCAGAUCUGCUGCGACGAGCCGGUGCUGCGGACCCUCAACCCCUGGAGCACGGCCAUCGUGGCCUUCUGACGCGCCGGCCGCACAGACUCACCCCUCCGCGGGGAAAAGGGACAGACGGCCCUCCGCCGGCGGACGGACAGACGGGCCCGGGGGUGACCCCCCCCCCCCCCCCUUUCCUCCCGGCCGCACGGGAAGGCCCGCGGGGCCGCAGCACUUCCCCUUCGCCGGGAGCCGGCCGUCGGCAGCCGCCCUGGGAGCGCCCCCGGCCCUGCCCUCCCGGAAUUCCCCUUCCCGGCCGGGCCUCUGCCCUCCCUGGUGCCCCGGGGGGAGCGUCCCUGGCCGGCGCCGACGCUGGGGGCGCUCCCGUCGGUUUAAUAUUUUAAGCUUGGAAAGUAUUAAGUUUAUUGAAUAAAGUCUCUAUUUUGGAAAGGCUUAGGUCAGAACUAUUACAUGGUGCUUUUUAAAAGUGUUUAUUGAGAGAAACAAAAAGUUUACAGACGCUCUGAUGGAAAGUCCUUGAGCCUGUUUGUUAGGCUCGGUAACUCCUGGUCUUUGUUGUAUAAAGGCUUGGGGCUCCCAUAGGGGUUUUGUACAGUAUUCUUCAGUGAUGUAUCUCGUUUUGUAUAAAAUGUAAUUUCUACGUGUACAACACGUAUUAAAUAUUUUCGACUGUA